AUGGCCUUGCUGCCUAGGCUGAGCGCGACCGUGGGGCCGAACUGGCGGCGGCCGGCGCGCACCUCUCUCGGCUUCCUGCUGCGGCGCCCCGGGCUCGCGGCCUUCCUGCGCGCCUUCUCCCGCGCCAUGGCGAGCAAGCAGGAGCCGCAGGCUCAGUGCCCGUCGCCCGCCGCUGGCGCCGUGACCUCUUACGACUACCUGGUGAUCGGGGGCGGCUCGGGCGGGCUGGCCAGCGCGCGCCGGGCGGCGGAGCUGGGCGCCAGGGCCGCUGUCGUGGAGAGCCACAAACUGGGCGGCACUUGUGUGAAUGUCGGAUGUGUACCCAAAAAGGUAAUGUGGAACACGGCUGUCCACUCUGAAUUUAUGCAUGAUCGUGUCGAUUAUGGCUUUGAAAGUUGUGAGAAUAAAUUCAAUUGGAGUGUUAUAAAAGAAAAACGGGAUGCCUACGUGAGCCGUCUGAAUACCAUCUAUCAAAACAAUCUAACCAAGUCCCAUAUAGAUAUCAUCCAUGGCUUUGCAGUAUUCACAUGUGAUCCCACGCCCACGGUCGAGGUCAAUGGGAAAAAAUACACAGCUCCUCACAUCCUGAUCGCCACAGGCGGUGUGCCCUCACGUCCUCCUGAGAGCCAGAUCCCCGGUGCCAGCCUAGGAAUAACCAGUGAUGGAUUUUUUCAACUGGAAGAAUUGCCUAGCCGCAGUGUCAUCGUUGGCGCGGGUUACAUCGCCGUGGAGAUAGCCGGCAUCCUGUCAGCUCUGGGUUCUAAGACGUCGCUAAUGAUACGGUACCAUAAGGUGCUUAGAAAUUUUGAUUCAAUAAUCAGUUCAAACUGCACUGAAGAGCUGGAGAAUGCAGGCAUCGAGGUCCUCAGGUACUCCCAGGUCAAGGAAGUUAAAAAGACCUCAUCAGGCUUGGAACUCAGUGUGAUUACUUCAGCUCCUGGUAGGAAACCCGCUGUUACGACGAUUCCGGAUGUUGACUGCCUGCUGUGGGCCAUUGGACGGGACCCAAAUUCCAAAGGCCUUAAUUUAAACAAACUGUUGCAAUCGCUGCUGGCCGAAAACUUGCCCAUAGACUUUUUGAAUACAAACAAGAUUCCAAAUUAGACUAUGACAACAUCCCCACUGUGGUCUUCAGUCACCCCCCUAUUGGGACAGUGGGACUCACAGAAGGUAGGUAUUUAAAAAAGAAAGUCAUUAAUGAUUUCC